AUGGCGUAUUUCUUCGCGUCACCCAUAGACGUCGAUAUCAAACUAGAAGGAGAAGAACUGAGAAAGCAGGUGGAACUGAAAUCGGACAAGGAUAAGAGCAUAUCAUGUCCGGUUUACUUCGACGGAGACUCGGUCACAGGCCAGGUUACAAUACGGGUACGUGAUGGAAAGAAGACUACCCAUGAAGGCAUUAAAGUCGAAUUUGUCGGAAGCAUCGAGCUAUUCUACGAUCGCGGGCAUCACCAUGAAUUCCUUUCACUAUCGCAAGAACUCGCAGCACCAGGAGAAAUGAGACAGGCACAGACUUUUGACUUCAACUUCAAGAACGUUGAAAAGCAGUUUGAAAGUUACCAGGGCAUCAAUGUUAAGCUGAGAUAUUUCGUGAGGGUCUCAAUUUCACGGAGGAUGGCGGAUGUUGUUAAGGAAAAGGAUAUCUGGGUGCACUCAUUCCGUAUGCCUCCCGAUAGCAACAAUUCAAUCAAGAUGGAAGUUGGUAUUGAGGACUGCCUACACAUUGAGUUCGAAUAUAACAAGUCCAAGUAUCAUCUUAAAGAUGUGAUUGUUGGCAAGAUUUACUUCCUCCUAGUUCGGAUAAAGAUCAAACAUAUGGAACUGUCCAUCAUCCGGCGCGAGACGACAGGAUCACCUCCAAACCAGUACAACGAAAGCGAGACAAUCACCAAGUUUGAAAUAAUGGACGGUGCUCCCGUAAGAGGGGAGACGAUACCCAUUCGAGUUUUUCUUGGUGGCUUCGAUCUCACACCGACUUUCCGGGACGUAAACAAGAAGUUCACUACUCGUUACUACCUGAAUCUUGUGCUCAUAGACGAGGAGAACAGACGGUACUUCAAGCAGCAGGAAAUUACGAUCUUUAGGAUACCCGAGAAUUGA